AUGGUUUCCAAAUCCACGCCCAUUGCCAUUGUCGGAGGCGGUGCCUUCGGCCUCUCGACGGCCCUCCAUCUGGUGCGAGAUGGAUAUAACAAUAUCUCCGUCUUUGAACAAGAUGACCAGAUCCCUCCUCGCCCCUCCGCUGCCAAUGACCUGAACAAGAUUGUGCGCGCCGAGUAUGAGGAUCCAUUUUACACCGACUUGACCAUGCAAGCGAUCGCUCUCUGGAAAACUCCCCUCUUCGCCCCACACUUCCACCAGACGGGUUUCCUACACUGCGUCUCGGGGAAAGCCCCCGAGAGGGCGGUGGACACACUCAAACGCUUCCAAGCCGCCGCCGACGACCACCCUGAGCUUAGAAAACAUGUCGUGCCCCUCGCGAAUGAUGAAGAGAUCCGACAACGGUUCUGGCAGUAUGACGGCCAGUUCCCCGGUUGGAAUGGAUACCUCAACACUUUCGAUGGGUACGCGCAUUCCGGAAAUGCCUUGAAAGCCGUGUACCAGGCGACGCAGAAGGCAGGCGUCCGGUUCUUCCUGGGAGAGCAGCACGGCGCCGUGGCCGAAGUGACCUACAAGAAUGGCAGAAGCACAGGCCUCCGAACGAAGAACGGUCAGUUCCACCCGGCGGAGCUCGUUAUCGUGGCGGCGGGAGCGGCAGCCGCCAAACUGGUGCCAGCCAUCGGGUCGCAAGUCGUGGCCAAAUCGUGGUCGGUCGCCCACGUUCACCUGACUGAGGAGGAGACGUCUGCGCUACGAGGCAUCCCCAUCACCUAUGCCCGUGACCUGGGGUUCUUCUUCGAGCCCGAUCCCGUGACUCAGCUGCUGAAGUUGUGUCCCAUGGGUGGAGGAUACGUCAACACCGAUCCCGCCACCGGGGUCUCGCAUGCCCCAUCUGUAGCAGACAGCGCUUUUGUGCCCCCCGACGAUGAAGCCAAGAUCCGUCAACUGCUGGCCCACACUCUCCCCACAUUGGCCAAUCGGCCGCUGGUGCGGAAGUCCCUGUGUUGGUUCGCCGACACCAGUGACUCCGACUUUAUCAUUGACUACGUGCCUCACACGUCGAACUCAGUGGUUCUACUCUCCGGUGACUCCGGACAUGGUUUCAAGAUGUUCCCUCUGUUCGGUAGCUGGGUGAAGGCGCUCCUCGAGGCCAAAGACCAGCAACAGCCCGUUCCGCGCUGGCGCUGGAAGGAGCCCCAGCAGAGUGGUGAUGGCAAAUGGGGCGACGCAGUCAGCUGGCGGAUUGGGUCGACCAGGGAAUUCAAAGAUAUUCAACCUGGCAAACCGAAGCUUUGA